AUGGACACUUUCAGCAGUUUCAGCAGUCCUCCAAAAGCCGCCAAUGCUCUUUCGCCGUCCUCUGCUGCACGAGACUCGCGCGUGCAGCUCCCUUCGACAACCGACCCCCCGGGCCCGCAGAACCCUCCCAAACAGCUGGUAUGGCUGAUAUUCGGCGCUACCGGACAUAUGGGCCGCUCCCUUGUCAAGGCCGCUCUCAUCCACAACGAUCUCGUCGCCGCCGUCGGCCGCACAUUCGAGAAUAGCUACGAAUCCAUGCAGAAGAUGCAAGCCGAGAACGAGAAUUGUCUGGGACUCCUUUGCGACGUCCGCGCUCGAGAGACUGUGAAGGAGGUCAUCGACAAGACGAUCGCUCACUUUGGCCGCAUUGACAUAAUCGCCAAUUGCUCGGGCUACGGCGUCAUCGGGGCUUGCGAGGACCAGGACGAUUUCGAUGUUCGGAACCAAUUCGAGACAAAUUUCAUGGGAACACUGAACAUCAUCCAGCUCUCUCUCCCGUACUUCCGCGAGAGAAGGGCCGGACGAUAUCUGAUCUUUAGCUCCACGUCGGGAGCCCUGGGAGUGCCGGGCUUAGGACCUUACUGCGCCUCCAAGUACGCGGUGGAAGGGUUGAUGGAAAGCAUGCUCUACGAGGUUGACAGUUUCAACAUCAAAGCCACACUGGUCGAACCGGGUCAUAUCCGUCGCGACGACGUCACCAACCCGCUGUCUCCGUCUGCUGGGACCGGGGGAGAUGAGAAUCUGGCGGCUCCGCUGCCUGCCUACGGCCAUUUCUUCAUCAAGCCUACGAGCGAGCCGUAUCGAACGCCCACAUCACCUGCCGCGCAUGCCAAACGCAUGCUGCAGUGGCUGGGCGACAAACAGCCUGUCAGCGCAGUCAAGGCUGCGGAGCUGGUCUGGCAGUUGGGGCAUUGCUCAUAUCCGCCGCUGAGAUUGCUUCUGGGGUCUUAUGCCGUGGAGAGUAUUCGUGACAGGCUGAAGUGCAUCAUCGAGGAAAUUGAAGACUGGAAGCAUUUGAGUUUUCCACUUCAAGAUCAGCAGCCCGCCGAUAACGCUACGAAAGACAAGACUACUACGAGAGAGAAGAGCGAGGAUGAAGAAGCAGCGGCAACAGCAGAACCACCUGCACGUUAA